ACGCCGGCGGCCAGCGCGGUGGCCUCGGCCGGGCAGAGCUCGCGCCCUGCCGCAGUCUGUCUGCCCUAGUGCGAGCGAGCGCUCGGGAGGAGACCGCCCCUGGCCCCGCGCUCGCUGCGGCUGCUGCUCCCGCCCGCGAUCGCAGCCUGGCAAGUCGGAAGCACCAGCUGCAGCCGGGGCUGGUGGCGGGGUAGGGCUUUGCGAUCCUGGGGGACCCAUUCCGAACUUGCCCAGGACCGCAGUCCCCCAGCCUGGAGAGCGAACAGGAUUGUGGAUUCUUCCAAAAUUCACAAUGAUGCAGUGACUCCAAAGGCUGCGAACAAAAACAUUUGCUCAGAUUUUUAGUUUUAACAACAGUAAGUUCUGCCAACACCCACCAUGGCUAAAAGUGCGGAGGUCAAACUGGCAGUAUUUGGGAGAGCAGGCGUGGGGAAAUCAGCACUUGUGGUGAGAUUUCUAACCAAAAGAUUCAUCUGGGAAUAUGAUCCCACCCUCGAAUCAACCUACCGACACCAAGCAACCAUCGAUGAUGAAGUUGUUUCCAUGGAGAUCCUAGAUACCGCUGGUCAGGAAGACACCAUUCAGAGGGAAGGCCACAUGCGGUGGGGGGAAGGCUUUGUGCUGGUCUACGACAUUACAGACCGAGGAAGUUUUGAGGAAGUGCUGCCACUAAAAAACAUUCUAGAUGAGAUCAAAAAGCCUAAGAACGUGACUCUCAUCUUGGUUGGAAACAAAGCUGACUUGGACCACUCCAGGCAAGUGAGUACGGAAGAAGGGGAGAAGCUGGCCACCGAAUUGGCGUGUGCUUUUUAUGAGUGCUCUGCCUGCACAGGUGAAGGGAACAUCACAGAGAUCUUCUAUGAGUUGUGUCGAGAGGUGCGUCGCAGGAGGAUGGUGCAGGGCAAGGCCAGGAGGCGCAGCUCCACCACGCACGUCAAGCAAGCCAUCAACAAGAUGCUCACCAAGAUCAGCAGUUAGGCAUCUCUGGGUUUGCACAGGCCCUGCGAGAUGAUUUGGGUCAUCAGAAACACUCUCUUGCCCUUUUUCUUUCCUUCCAAAAGUGAAAAAAUAAAAGGUGUUCACUCCUUGUGUUGACUAUAGGACAUGUCUGGGCUUCCCAUCACCCAAGCCUCCCACUCACUUGCCGGGAAGGUUUAGAGCCUUUGUAUGCAGUUCCAAUGCUGAUACUUUUUCCUUUCCUGCUUGCAUAAGAUCCACUCUAAUGUAGUUUGAAUAUGUAACCACCAGAGAUUCUGAAACGGCAGGGUUUGCAUUAAGCUAUUUUUAGGUAUCUCCUCCUUGGUUAAAUAAGUUGAAGUCUUUUCAAAGGCAUUUCAAAAUUCAAUUUCUUGUCAAAGACUACAGAUGAUCAUCAUAAAUGUCUGAGAAAGCAGAAAGUACAGUAAAAACAGCAGAAGGGAAGCUGGGUUAUUAGAGCAGGUAAUAGAACUCUAGUUCCUAUUUGAAGUGAAGAUUUUCUGAAAUAAAUGAUGCAGUUUUUCUUUAGUCUUUUAGUUUGCUCUUAAAUUGAAACAUGUUCUCAUUAAAGUGUCUCACUGUAACUAAGAGUUCAUUACCAUGAGCUGGUUCUUUCAAUGACAUAUGGAUCAUUACAGCCCAAUUCUUCCUCCUUGGCUCAAAUAAGAUUUUAGUUAUAAUACAGGCAGUAGAGCCAGAAAUUCAGACUCUGCUAGGACUUUUCUCCCCAAUUCCAAAAUGUUGUAAAAUAUUAGGAAUCUUCAGUACCAGGGAUCAAACUCACAACUGCCUGAUUACAAGGCAGGUUCUUAUACCACUGAGCUAAAUCCCCAGCCCUAGGAAUCUUUUCAUCAAAUCCUGACUUUACUUCCUGCUAGCAGAGGUUUUAGAAUUAGAGACUUCUAAAUAUUUUUUAUUUUGUUUACCAGCUUAUCAGAAAAAAAAAUCAGUCUGAACAAUAGGAUAAUUAAAAAUAAAUCUUAACUAACCCUCCCUCAGGAAGCCAAGUCUCUGUGCCAAUCACCAUCAGAAAAAAAUAACGUCUUGUUCAUUUCACCACGUGACUUUCUUUAACAUUUUGGAUACAUUAAUUCAUUUAAGAGAAUUCAGAAAAGAAUGAUUUAUUAAAGUUCACAAUACCUGAAUAAAUGUGUAUAAAAUUGAUUCUUGUACUGUGAAAAUACCAUCUAUAAAUGAAAAACUAUGAUUUUUUUUUCUCCCUAUUAUGCCCCCAUAUAUCAAGAUUUGGGCACUUUAUUUUAGAAGAAAAUAUAUCUUUUACAUAUAUAUGUAUUUAUAAAUGCAUAGAUAUAUGUAUAAAAAUUUGUAAGUGUUGGAAGCUUUAAUUCACCAAUGUAUUUUAACAACUUGGUGUAAUUGACUUUAUUUUAUGUGACUAUAAUAAAAAGCAUAAUUUUCAAAUUA